AUGGAUCGCUCCAAUUCAUCUGAAUCUCAGGUAUUUGUUAAUGCUACUAAGCCCGAGCAAACAGAAACCAUCACUUGCAUGGAUUGUGAUUCCUUCAAUGCUGCAGCAGAAGGCAAAAUCGAGGUCUUCAAUGAUAUCACCUAUCAUCAGUCUCUUGGCCUCCUACUAACCCCAAAUAAAAACUCAGUCCUCCAUAUUUACAUUACAUCCCUAAAUUUCAAAUUCAAAUCAACAACCCCCAUUGCAAAAUCGGAAUCAACAACUAACUUUGUGGAAGAAAUUCUUAAAAAGUGUCACUCAUUGUUACGGCAAGCCAAUGCCAAAGGUGAAACUCCAUUGCACAUUGCGGCAAGGUACGGGCAUGAUGACAUAGUGGAAGUUCUAAUCAAAUAUUGCGCCCAAACUCUCCAUCAAGACCUUGAAGGUGGGAUUGAACUAGUAAAGGAAAUGUUCAGAAUGACUAACAAAGAAAAAGACACGGCUUUGCACGAGGCUGUACGUUAUAAUCACCUUAAGAUUGUAAAAUUGUUGAUCGAAAAAGACCCAAAUUUUUCAUAUUCUACUAACGAUGCUGGUGAGACUCCACUUUAUAUAGUUGCCGAGAGAGGGUUUGAAGAUGUGGUGUUCGAAAUUUUAGACAAAUGCAAAUCACCAAUGCAUGGGGGGCCCCUUGGUAGGACGACUUUGCAUGCUACCGUAAUAAGGAAGGAUCAAGGUAUAACCAGAGGAAUCCUGGAUAAAAUUGAAGGUAUAAGUAAAAUAGUUGACAAUAACGGUUGGACUCCGCUUCAUUUCGCUGCAUACUUGUUACAUCGUGAUGACGUAGCAAGAAUGUUGUUAGAUAAAGAUAGAAAUGCAGCAUACAUGAAAGACACAAAGGGUAGGACAGCUCUUCAUAUUGCAGCUCAUCAAGGUAAUAGUGGUAUAGUGUCUCUCAUUGUAUCAAGGUGUCCAGAUUGUUGUGAAUUGGUUGAUGACAGAGGUUGGAAUGUACUCCAUUUUGCUAUCAAAGGAGCUCCCUACUUUCGUUUAGAGGGGAUCAUUGAAAUUUUCUUAGAAAAUUCGUGUCUCAGCAACCUUUUGAAUGAGAAGAAUGCCGAUGGGGAUACACCUCUUCAUUAUUAUUACAAUUCUUUGGGAUCAGCAAAGAAUUUCGUUGGUCACCCUCGAGUCGACAAGAUGGCUUUCAACAAAAAAAACCUCAGCACAUGGAACAUCGCUUUUGCUAAUAUUGGAAAAUUCCUAGAAGUAAAGGAAUCUGAGAUUUGGAAGAACUUUCCAUAUCCACGACCUCGACGAGUAAUAGGUUACGAAGAUGGUCAUACCACAAAACUAGAUGAGUGGAAGAAGGAGAAGGAGAAGAGGGACGAAGAGAGGAGAUCAAUAUUGAAGAAAGCAUCCGAAGCCCAUUUGGUAGUGGGUGCACUCAUUACAACUGUGACCUUUGCAGCAUAUAUUACCAUGCCUGGGGGAUUUGUGGAUGGUGGAGAAGACUCAUCACACCCAGACUCUGCACUUCUCAAAAAAAAUGCUGCUUUCACAGCAUUCAUUGUUAUAGAUACCAUAUCCAUGGUAUUGUCAAAUUCUGUUGUUUUUAUCCACCUAUUGAUGCCAUUUCUUUUUAGCAAGAAUUAUGAUGAAGAAUUCCGCACGUUUUUCAAUGAAGAGCGUCGUGAUAGUCUUCUCUAUAUGGCCUUCAGGGUCAUUUUGUGGGCCAUGAUAGCAAUGGUUCUGGCAUUUGUGACGGGCACAUAUGUUGUGUUAGAGCCUUCCUUGGGUCUUGCCAUUGCCAAUUGUAUCAUUGGCUUAACCUUCUUCGCUAUCCUCUUUUUUCCCGACACUGAGCCGUGGGAUGCUGGUUUUCUUCCCUCUCGGUGGCUCUCUGUGAAACCAAGAGGUGAAGCUGUCCGUACACUGGAGCGUGGUGUGCACGCGGCAGCAAGUGCUCUUCCCUCGCCAACGCGUGUUGACUCUUCUCCUCCUCCAGUUUGCUGUCGGUGGAUCCCAGGAGAUUUGGUGGUUCAUCUGAUGGUGAGGGGUUCUCUGGUGAGGCCUGCUAUAGUAGAUCUUAGAUCUAAAUUGUAA